AUGCCGGGGUGCCUCGCGGCGCUCUUCGCGCGGCUGUGCGGCCGCAGCGCGACCGCACGGCCGAAGACGCCCGACCAUAUCGACGUCCGGCUUCCCGACGAACAGGAGCCGUCUGCGAACGGCGCCGCACCGGCGGGCCCCGCACCGGCGCCCGCUCUCACCGCGCCGCCGGCCCCGCAGCAGACGCCCGAGGCGGUACCCGCACCCGCACCGGCGCCGGCACCCGCACCCGCACCCGCACCCGCACCCGCACCGGCGCCGGCACCCGCACCCGCACCCGCACCUUCGCCGGCGCCGGCGCCCGCGGAGCCCGCCGCUGUGCACCGGAAGCGCACGGCGUUGGAGCGCGACGACGGCGCCGACGCGGCCCUCGACGAGCGCCCCGAGGACCGCGUGAUCCUGCACGCCAAGCGGGCCGCCGCGCCGCAGCACCCAACGACCCUCGCACCAGAUGCGACGGUCGCAGCAGCGCCAGUGCCGGAGCCGGCCGCAGCUGCGCCGACCGCGCCGGCGCCUGCCAGCGCGCCCGACGACGACGUCGAGUCGUGCGGCUCGGUGGACGCCGGGGGCCGCGGGUACGUCCCGCCGGGCGGCGGGCCCCCCUACGGCGACGGCGCGGGGUCCGACGACGACUCGGGCCGAGGCAGCGAGGCGGAGGUGACGGGCGAGGGUCCCGGCGCGCUGCAGAAGAAGCUGCGCUACAUGGAGGAGCGCGCGGGGCCGGUGCUGCCGACGGCGGCGGAGGUGCGGGCGGGCGCGGUGCCUGCGCGGAGGGGGAGCGAGGACAGCGUGACGGGGCAGGCGGGGGCGAGGGGGGGGGAGUCGGAUUCGGAGUCGGGGUCGAGCGUGAUGAGCCCGUUCAACCCGGGGACGUGA